UUAAGCCCCAAAGCCCUCCGCCAUCUUCUUCAAAAGCGCACCCUAUUCUUCUCUAUUUGCAUCGCAUUUGUUCUUGAAUCUCUUUGGUAUUCCCAGAAGCCCUCAGAGAGAGAGAGAGAGAGAGAGAGAGAGAGAGAGAAUCAUGUUCCAGCACAAGAAGCCCUCAACUAUGAAUUCUCAUGACAGACCCAUGUGUGUUCAAGGUGACUCUGGUCUUGUCCUCACCACAGACCCUAAGCCCCGCCUCCGGUGGACUGUCGAGCUCCAUGAACGAUUCGUUGAUGCCGUUACUCAGCUUGGAGGGCCAGACAAGGCAACACCCAAAACCAUCAUGAGAGUUAUGGGUGUGAAAGGUCUGACCCUUUACCACCUCAAGAGCCACCUUCAGAAAUUCAGGCUUGGGAAGCAACCCCAUAAGGAAUUCAAUGAUCACUCGAUUAAGGAUGCUUCAUCUUUAGAACUUCAACGAAAUACUGCAUCUUCAUCCAACAUAAUGGCCCGCAGUAUGAACGAGAUGCAAAUGGAGGUGCAAAGAAGACUGCAUGAACAAUUAGAGGUGCAAAGACAUCUUCAGCUGAGGAUUGAGGCCCAAGGAAAAUAUAUGCAAAGUAUAUUGGAAAAGGCUUGUCAAACCCUUGCUGGUGAAAGCAUGGCAUCUGGAAGCUACAAGGCUAAUAUUGGAAGUCAAGGCCUCCCUGACAUGGGAGUAAUGAAAGACUUUGGUUCUCCUCUCAACUUUCCAUCUUUUCAAGACCUUAAUAUAUUUGGAGGUGACCAACUUGACCUUCAGCAUAACAUGGAAAGGCCACAACUUGAUGGAUUCAUGCAAAACAACGAUAAUAUUUGUCUUGGAAAGAAAAGGACCAGCCCUUAUAGUGGUAGUGGAAAGAGCCCCUUAAUCUGGUCCGACGAUCUCCGGCUGCAAGACUUGGGAACAACUCCAUCUUGUCUUGGGCCUCAAGAUCAUGAUCCUUUCAAAAGUGCAGACCAAAUUCAGAUUUCACGGCCAUCCAUGGAUAGAUCAGGCGCGGACAUCGACUCCAUAUCAGAUAUUUAUGAAACAAAGCCUCCACUCCAGGGUGGUGGUGACUCUAUGGGUGAAAAGAAAUUCGAAGCAUCUGUAAAGCUUGAAAAGCCAUCUCCACGAAGAGCACCACUUCCCACGGACAGGAUGAACCCAAUGAUCAAUGCCGGUGCCAUGCCUCAAGGAAGAAACUCACCAUUUGGGUGAUUGUAAAUCGUUAAUUAUAAUUAGAUGUAAUUGACUUUUAAGCUAUGAGAUCUAGGGUUUUGGUGCUUGAAGAAUAGCAGUUAAAUUAGGGUUUCAACUAAAGAAACUAUGGUAUAAUGCCUUGCAUGGCAGAUCUUAUUUAAGACGUUAUUUUUAUCCUGACUGGUAAUUAAAUUGGUGUUUUAUUGUGAAUCAGGUAAGUUCUUGAUGCUUCUUU